AUUAUGAUUUGUUAUUUUAAGUUUUUAUAAGCUGUAUUAACAAUGCAAUAUAGUUUAUAAUAUUUAAUUGUGUGAAUUUGUAACUUUGCAAAAGUUAAGUUACAUAAACAGUGUAACGAAAGUGAAGAAUAGGUAAUACUGGUUUAAGUCUAGGCCUAACUUAUUUGAAGGAAACACCAUGGAGGAAAAUAUCUCAGAUUUGUUAGAAAAUCCAGAAGAUCCAGUUCCAGAAAAACGCAAAGAAAAGAAAAAACAACGCCGGUCUAAGAAGUCUGUUGUUGUAGAAGAGGAAAAUAUAGUUGAAGAAAACAUCAUGGAAGACGAUAUCCCAGAUUUGUUAGAAAAUAAUCCAGAACAUCCAGUUCCAGAAAAAUGUCAAGAAAAGAAAAAACGAGGCCGGUCUAAGAAAUCUAUUGUUGUAGAAGAUUUAAAUAUAGUUGAGGAAAACAUCAUGGAAGACGAUAUCUCAGAUUCGUUAGCAAAUAAUCUUGGAGAUCCAGUUACAGAAAAAGGUCAAGGAAAGAAAAAACAAGGCCGGUCUAAGAAGUCUGUUGUUGUAGAAAAUGAAAAUGUAGUCAAGGAAAACAUCAUGGAAGACGAUAUCCCAGAUUUGUUGGUAAAUAAUCCCGGAGAUCCAGUCCCAGAAAAAGAUCAAGGAAAGAAAAAACGAGGCCGGUCUACAAAGAAGUCUGUUGUUGUAGAAGAUGAAAAGAGGGUGAAGUUUCUUAGCAAACUUCUCAACUGUGAUGGAAUGCCUUCUCACACAGUCGAAGUUUUGAAACUUGAGGAACAAGAGAAGGGUCAUCUAUACAAACUCAACUCUUUAGAGAUGGAGAAAUUGUGGAACGAUUUACGGGACCCUGUUAAGACCAGACUAAACAAUCUGAUGUGUCCAGAAGUAGAACAGUUUAAGGAAGAAAGUCGAGAAGUAUUAUCAGCAAUUAUAAGCCUACUUCUGCACACAACUGCCCUUCACGAUGUUGCAGAUAGUGAAGCCUUGGCUUGGAUCGCUGUUGCCUUUAACUUGGUCCUCAUUGAAAAAAACACAGGACAACAGCUAAAAAGUAAAAUCUCCGAGCUCUGUGAGUAUUGCUGCAUUAAAGGGAUCAGAGUAGAUGGAAGUUUCUACUUGAACACAAUUAACUUUCUGUUGGAUCUAACUGUAGAUGACAAGAAUGGUGUUGACAGGAAGCCCGAGAUCAAGAGAAUGUGGGAAAUGAGAGUCGCCCUGGCUCGACUAAACUUGAGAACGCAGAGUUGUGAGAGUGUUGUGGCGCGACUAGAGAAGAUUGUAUCCAGCCCUACCUACCUGGCUUGCAAGGAGGGGCGACAGUUCAUUGCCUUCACAUUGACUUUGGACAUCAAGCUAAUAAAGAGGCUUCACAAAGCAAUCAAAGACUUUCUCUCAAUCUGCAAAAGGACCCAGGCAUGCGCGUACGGAGAAGUUUACUACAGCGCUUGGUUCAACGGAAGCUCAGAAGUGCGACAGGAGCUGGAGAAGCACUGCAUCCAGAACCUGAUGACCCACAUGUUUGUGUUCAAACGACACAAACAGGAGCUGGUCCACACAGGUCAGAACGUGUUCGCCAUCUUGUCCUACCUACAUCACCACCGAACCACGGCACAGUUCAGCAAAGUGCUCACCGAGCUGUACAUGCCUCUACUGUGGCGUCAUCUGCGGAGUGGAAACAACAUAGAGAGAUCGAACGCCGCCCUUGUGUUCCUGGAUGUUUAUCCGCUGGAGAUGCCAGGAUCAGGACGAGCUGACGAGAGUGACUUCUGUAUCAAACAACACAACGAGAUGGUGGACUUGCUGACGGACACCUGCCACGUCGUCCGCAUGAUCGCCAUCAGGGGAAUCUGCAGCAAGCUGUGUUCAGCAUGGCGUACGUUUCCCCAAGAGACGAUACAGGUGCUGAUGCGGAAUCUGAUAGAACUGUCCAACGAUGCGUCAGACUACAAGGUCAGGGUGACUCUGUACGACAGUCUGCGCGAUCUGCUCUUGAACCCAGAGUCUGCGGCAUAUCUGAUGCGCAUCCUGCCCAAACUGCGUGACAACAUCCAUGAUGAGAAUGAAAAAGUUCGGAAAUCAUUUGUGAAACUGCUUCUUAGUGUUAAGACGCAGACUAGUGAAACGCGGGUUCCAUACUGGAAAAUUGUACCCAUCGACCAUCUAGCUGCAAGACUUCAGCUGGAGAAGGCGGAGGUUGGGUCUCUCUUGUGUAAGCUGUUGAUGAGUAAUAUCUACUCCCCGGACCAUAGCGCUGACGUGUUUCUGUUCCGGAUCAUCCGGUUCAUUGACACCAACCCAGCAGCUGCUCGCAAUCUCUUUCAGUUCUCUAUGAAGGUGUUAGAGUAUAAGGACGCAGUGAGAAUAAUGUUGACCAUUUUAUUGAAUCUACGAGCCUACGUGAAGAAGAAACUUGAAGAAUCAAAUGUUUCAAACGUUCCUGAAGAGCAAGAAAACAAGUCGAGCGGGAGUUCUUCUGGCGGCAGACGGAGAAAGAAACGGAAAUCAUUGGAACAUUUACAGACCAUUUGUGAAAAUGAACAAGAUGAAUUAGAAGAAACGGACAAAGAAAAUAGUAGCCAGUUGAGCAACACCAACAGCUCAGCAGACAGCAGCAAAGAAGAAGACGAGUUUGGUCGUCCUGGAGUGUUCCACGCACUGGUAGACAUUGUCAGUCUGUUGUGGUCCAUGCACAGCAACAAGCUGGCAGACCCUGAGAGACACAAGGACCAUGAGGACUUGAUGGAUUGUGCAGUGGCUGGCAUCCCUCUCUUCCUUAGGUAUUACAAGGUAUUACAAGGUGAGUUUGGUUGUCCUGGAGUGUUCCAUGCACUGGUAGACAUUGUCAGUCUGUUGUGGUCCAUGCACAGCAACAAGCUGGCAGACCCUGAGAGACACAAGGACCAUGAGGACUUGAUGGAUUGUGCAGUGGCUGGCAUCCCUCUCUUCCUUAGCAACAAGCUGGCAGAUCCUGAGAGACACAAGGACCAUGAGGACUUGAUGGAUUGUGCAGUGGCUGGCAUCCCUCUCUUCCUUAGGUAUUACAAGGUAUUACAAGGUGAGUUUGGUCGUCCUGGAGUGUUCCACGCACUGGUAGACAUUGUCAGUCUGUUGUGGUCCAUGCACAGCAACAAGCUGGCAGACCCUGAGAGACACAAGGACCAUGAGGACUUAAUGGAUUGUGCAGUGGCUGGCAUCCCUCUCUUCCUUAGGUAUUACAAGGUAUUACAAGGUGAGUUUGGUCGUCCUGGAGUGUUCCACGCACUGGUAGACAUUGUCAGUCCGUUGUGGUCCAUGCACAGCAACAAGCUGGCAGACCCUGAGAGACACAAGGACCAUGAGGACUUGAUGGAUUGUGCAGUGGCUGGCAUCCCUCUCUUCCUUAGGUAUUACAAGGUAUUACAAGGUGAGUUUGGUCGUCCUGGAGUGUCCCACGCACUGGUAGACAUUGUCAGUCUGUUGUGGUCCAUGCACAGCAACAAGCUGGCAGACCCUGAGAGACACAAGGACCAUGAGGACUUGAUGGAUUGUGCAGUGGCUGGCAUCCCUCUCUUCCUUAGGUAUUACAAGGGUUCGCCUACUUACUUUGCCGUCAUCCAGCUGGCAAGUUUAGUCCCGCCCAACAGACUAAUAGCCAGCUCGACUGUGUGCAGUGCAUGUGCUGCCAGUCUUAAGGCAGUGUCAGAGAUGACGCCCCAAGGUGAAAUAGAGGUGUUGAUCAACGCCCUCUGUUCUUGGAACCGGUUUGUGGACAUUCAAGACAUUGUUGUGGACUGGCUGGACCAAGCUUUCCGCUGUGAAGGGCUGAACCAGUCUAAUAAUCCAACGUUAGAACACAAGCAAAGGAAAGUGAGGUUCAUCGCCAAAGGAGGCAAACCUAUGCUGGCUCUGAGACUACUGGACGCUGUGUUCUUUCACCCUCUCAACAAGAAGAGAGUCCUGGGCAAGGCUUACAACCAGGUGUACGAGCUGUUCAUGUACCUAGAGCGGAUAAAGACUCUGGUGGACCGUCGUCUGCUAGGAGGUCUACCGCUGGACUCUGCUAUGCUGGGAGAUGACUUCCUUCUCAAGUGUUUCCUCCGCUAUGCCAAGCUGAUCCUGAUCCUACAUCGCCCCGAGCCACAGUCCGCCUCCGACAGUCGGUCCAUCGUUGACCCAUUUGACGCCGGUGAAGUCUUCCAGCAGCUGAUCCAGUGGGCUACCAUAUCAGUCAGAACCAUGUUACCCCAAAGGUUGGAGGAUGAGCCGGACAUCAGCGUGUUGUUGAUGAAGGAUCUGCUACGUGUUGCUGCCAACCUCGUAGACCUCAACUAUGCAGGGAAAACAACCAUCGUCAAGUUGGCUGCUCUGAUUAAAGACAUACUGUCAUCUGAAUGCAGUUUGUGGUACGUGGAGCCGAGCAUGAUUGUGGUGAAGCACAUGAAGGACUAUUGCGAGGCGUUCUACGGACCGCAGGAUCAGGAUCAGCUGUUGAGGACUGUUGUUCCGUCCUUGCUCAGUCAAGCGAUGCGGUCGCUCAGUGAGAACAAGUAUACCAAGGAAGAAGUGGUGCAGUGUGUGGAGAACAUGUACGAGUUGAAAACAUCAAUGUAUGAAGUGGUGAACUGCCUGCAAAAACUCUUUGGACCAAAGUCCCAUUUAGUACAGUCAGUUCUCAAAUUGUUUACCGAUGCUCUUGUCUCCAUAAUCAGUACGGAUAUUAAACAGCUGCAAAUACUAGACACGGUGGACAAAGUGCAAGAGUUGCCGUUUGUCUGUGGCAUCCUGUUGUCUAUUGUAUCUCGAGCUAACAUUGCUCCAUUGUGGAUUGCUACAAUCCCUUCUUCCAUCUCCCAACUGUACAGUCAGGAUGCAGACUUGUUGGCCGCUGCAGUAUCACUGCUGCACACACUGGCUCACUGCGGACUGUCACUGCCUAAACAAGAGCUGUGCCUGGCCGUGAGAGAGGCCCACAGUGCAGUGACCUCCUACAACCGGGAGUCAACAGCUACAAGGCCCAGGGAUUCCUCUGUCUUGAUAGCCCGGGAAUUCACCCUACCCUUGGACACAAAGGCUAAAGAAUCACUGGCUUCCCAAGCGAAGGAGUCGCUCGCUUCACAAACAAAGGAGUCACAGGCGUCACAAGCAAAGGAAUCCUUGCCAUCCAGAACUAAGGAAUCAUUGCCCAUUGAGUCAAGAGAAUCAGUAGCCAGUACUAGUGUCUUUAAUGAAUCUUCGUUCUCUGAUCAUUCCAUAGAUAUCAAGAAAGUUGGACCACCAAUAUUGUCAGAAUUAGCAGCCUUCCUCAACACUACACUGAUUUGAAGAAUUGUGGUUGGAAGUUUGCCCCGGUAUGAAGCCUUCUUCAUUUGGAGCCUGCUAACCACUUUUAGUGAACAAAUUUUGUUAUUGAAUUAGUAAUGUAUUUAAGUCUAACUAUAUUUUUCAAUUACAAGUAACAGACAUAGUCUUGCUUAGCUAAGAUAUUUUGUACAUUUUGUAUAUAUUUAUGGUAAACAUAAAAUUUAAGCCUUUGUAAUGGUUUUAACAAGUAUUGUGUUAAGCAUUUA